AUGGCUGGGCGGCAGCGGCCCGGCGUGGGAGUGGGCGUGGGGGUGGUGGUCACCAGCCGCGCCCACCCGGGCUGCGUCCUCCUGGGCCGGAGGAAAGGCGCCGUCGGGGGCGGCACCUUCCAGCUCCCCGGAGGGCGUCUGGAGUUCGGUGAGAACUUGGCGGAAUGCGCAGAAAGAGAAACCUUGGAAGAAGCCGCUCUACACCUAAGAAAUGUCCGCUUUGCUUCAACCGUAAAUGCUGUUAGUAUGAAGGACAACUACCACUACGUCACUAUCGUAAUGAAAGGAGAGGUGGAUUUCAAUUACGAAUCAGAACCAAGGAACUUGGAACCUGAUAAAAAUGAAAGUUGGAAAUGGGUGAAAUGGGAAGAGAUCCCCUCAGCAGAUCAACUGUUUUGGGCUUUACGCAGCUUAAAGGAACAAGGUUACGAUCCUUUCAAAGAAGACUUAAGCCACCUGGUGGGCUACACUGGAAAUCACCUUUACAUGACAAAAGAUAACUCACUGUAGUGUGCA